AUGAUCGCGCUGGUGAAGCUCGCCUUCGCGCUCAUGGCAGCCGCGCGGGCAAACGAGGAGGAUUUCGACUCCAACCUCAUGCAGUUGGCUGCGGUGGACCAGACGCAGCUGGAGAUAAACAAGAGUUCAGUCACUUGCUAUUUCACGAUUGACAAUUACGUAUACGGCGUGUAUCUGGGCAGUACUGCUCUCAGCGCCAGCGGAGAUUGGAACAGCUGGGAGGCAACCAAGACUGUCACUUUCACUCCAAACGGGAAUUACUUGACAAUUUCUGGUAAUGACCAGGAGGGAACUAUGUGCACGACUGGUGGCUCCGCUAUCGAUUGUACCAAUGGUGUGAAUGGGAACUCAGGCUGGCAGGCUUACGGUAGUGGCAGUGCCAUUGAUUACAGUCACCGAAGGGGCGGCGGGAGUUCGUGGGGCUCUCCUUCCAGUUCGGCAAGCGGAUUUUAUUUGCCCCACAACUCAGGAUCGCCCAAAAUCGGAGCUUGCUCGCAGCACGGUGCUUACCGAUACGACUUUGGGGGGGCGACGCCGUACCCCACGCCCUACCCCACGCCAUACCCCACGCCGUACCCCACGCCCAGCCCGACGCCCAAUCCGACGCCAACCCGACGUACCCUCUGGGCUGGCCGACGCCGCACCCGACGUUUCCUCCUGGAGCUCCCAUGGCGGGCGGAGCCGGCGGUGCGGCUGCCACUGGCGACCCCCACUUGCAAAAUGUUCUUGGCCAGCGGCUUGAUUUGA